GUUUCUGGGUAUAAAAUGCAGCUGAAAGCGAUUGAGCGAUCAGUUGUGAUCAAUCUGAAUCUCAAGAUGAACUUCAAGCUUCUCUUCUCAGUGCUUUUCCUCGUUCUCUUGGCCAACAUGGCUUUGGCUGAGUCCCCUGAAGAGUCUUCUGAAGAAUCUUCUGAAGAAUCCCAGGAAAUUCACCAUCGUCCUCGGCCUCCGCAUCCUGGCUGCAUGCCUAAACCGCCUCAUCAUCCACCGCCAACGCAUCCUGGACAGCCUGAGGAUGGAUCUGAUGGGAAUGGAAAUUCAGAAGACUCUUCCAAUGCAUCGCAAGGCGACAAUUCCAGCCAGAAUUCCGGCACCGACGAAUAAUUCUUGAUCUCUGUCCACUGCUUGCAAGCACAGUAAAUUCCUCACUUUUCCACCAUC